AUGACGCUUGCUCUACAUAUGCCGAUAUCAGGCUGUGAGCAUCUGGACAAUGAUAGCCUGGAGAAGAUCAAGCAAUUCCGACAGUCAGCCAACAACCUCGAUCCCAACUUUGCUCAAUACUCAUGCGUCUCUUGCUCCAUUACUGGAAGCUUUCCAACCCUCGACAAGCACUUCUCCAAAACCAAGCAUGAGUUUGCCAUUGGCCAAAGCUCGGUUUACUGUGGACGAUGCAAUGACCUUGUUUACGACCCGAGCUUCUUGCCCUCCAAUAAGAAACGCAAGCUUGCAGAGUCAGCAAACGAAGAAGACGACUCCUAUCUGACCGCAAAUACUUCUCAGCGGCCAUGUGGCCGGAGCGGUGUUCGAGGUCUAUUCAAUCUCGGUGAGACGUGCUACAUGAAUGCUGUGUUACAGAUGAUGGUGCACAACCCACUUCUGGCAAGCUACUUCCUCGGCAUGGGCCAUCCAACUCACACAUGUUCCAUCUCCAAGGAGCCUGAAAAGAAGACCGAUUCAGACUCGGAGGACGAUGACCUGGAGGAAAAGAAAGAACAGCAAACCUGCGUUGCGUGUGGCAUGACAGAAUUGUUUUCGGAUGUCACUAUGGUCGACCAGCCACUGCCAGCCCACGCCGUAAAUCUUCUUUUUGCCUCCUGGAAGAAUAUACCUGAAAUGUCUGGCAAGGGUCAGCAAGACGCCCAAGAAUGGUUCAUGUGCAUCAUCGAUCGUCUUCAUGAGGCUGUCCAGCAAUAUCCCGCAGCAGGAAGCAUCACCGACAAAUCCUCAACCAUCAUCAACGGCUCCGCAGACAAGCAAUGCGUUUGCUUCUUCCACAAAGUCUUCUACGGUCGGUAUAACAGCCAAAUCACGUGCGACAAGUGCCACACCGUUUCCAGCCGCGAGGACGAAUUCUCGAGCAUCAGCCUGGAUUUCAAGAAGCAAGUCAAGAAGAAGAAGAAAGCCGCCGCCGCCGAAAACCUCAAGGUCGCCAUUCCGACACUCCACGAGUGCUUGAAGUCCUUCACGACCCCUGAAGCACUCAGCCCUGAGCAGUACAGCUGCACAGAGUGCAACGAGCGACAGUCCGCCAGCAAACACACGCGCAUCCGCAAGCUCCCCGCCAUCCUCUGCGUGCACAUCAAGCGCUUUGGUAUGAAACAGCUCGGCACUGGCACGUUCAUCCCAGAAAAGUACGAGGGCAAGUUGGACUUCCCUCUCCAUCUCGACAUGGCGCCAUGGUCAACUCGGCCCCCUCAGCCAGGGGCAGCUCCCAGCACCAACGGCGCAAAGGACAGCAAGGACAAGGACAACAAGGACAACAAGGACAACAAGGACAACAAGGACAACAAGGACAACAAGGACAACAAGGACAACAAGGACAAGGACAACAAGGACAAGGACAAGAAACCCCCGCGAGACAACUACAUGUACGACCUGGACUGCGUGGUGGUGCACCAGGGCGAUCACGCGCAAAAUGGCCACUACUUCGCGUUCUGCAGGCAGGAUAACAAGUGGUUCCGCUUCGACGAUGAGAUCGUCAGCGCCACCACCACCGAGGACGUGAUGCGCCAGGAGGCGUACCUAUUGUUCUACUCUCUCCGGAGUUUGGACCGUGUGUAG